GUUCACCUGCACAACAUAUCCACCAUCACCACCACCACACCACCACAUUCCCUCUCUCCCCGACCACCCCGUCGUAUCGAUCUCGGAACAUCCGCGUACCAGGAGACGUCCCCGUCCGUCAUUGCCCACCUACCUACUCCGGUUCGUCCUUGAACGAUGGUGGCCGCACGACUUCUCCUUCGCCCGGCGGCGCAAAUGCUGCGAAGCUCACCCGCUUCGAGAUCGAGUUUCCAGAAGAGAGUUCCAGCUGCCCCAUCAGUGGCGGCGGCAGCGAGGUCUUUUCAUGCGGGACAGAAAGUGCAGGCGCCGAAGGAGAUGACGGUGCGAGAUGCGCUGAAUGAGGCUUUGGUCGAGGAGCUCCAGGCGAACCCGAAGGUGUUUGUGCUGGGUGAGGAGGUUGCACAGUAUAACGGCGCAUACAAGGUUACGAAAGGGCUGUUGGACAAAUUCGGCGACAAGCGAGUCAUCGACUCUCCCAUCACCGAGUCUGGUUUCUGUGGUCUAACUGUCGGUGCUGCGCUCGCUGGUCUGCACCCCGUCUGCGAGUUCAUGACCUUCAACUUUGCCAUGCAAGCCAUUGACCAAAUCAUCAACUCGGCCGCCAAGACACACUACAUGUCCGGUGGUAUCCAGCCAUGCAACAUCACAUUCCGUGGACCCAACGGCUUCGCCAAGGGUGUGGCCGCUCAGCACUCUCAGGACUACUCGGCGUGGUACGGCUCCAUUCCCGGCUUGAAGGUCGUCGCUCCAUACUCGGCAGAGGAUGCCAAGGGACUGCUCAAGGCCGCCAUUCGUGAUCCCAACCCAGUCUGUGUACUUGAGAACGAGCUCCUCUACGGUGAAUCCUUCCUCGUGAGCGACGAGGUUCAGAAGGAUGACUUUGUCAUUGAACUCGGCAAGGCCAAGAUUGAGCGCCCCGGUAAGGAUCUCACGAUCGUCACUCUGUCCCACUGUGUGGGCAUGGCUCUCAAGGCAGCCGAAGAUCUCAAGAGCAAGCACGGCAUCGAAGCAGAAGUCAUCAACCUUCGCAGUGUCAAGCCACUCGAUGUCGAGGCGAUUAUCAAAUCAGUAAAGAAGACGGGACACAUGAUGGCGUUGGAGUCUGGCUUCCCCAGCUUUGGCGUUGGCGCAGAGAUUAUUGCUCUGACGGCCGAGUACGCCUUCGACUACCUGGAGGCGCCCCCUGUCCGAGUGACUGGAGCUGAAGUCCCCACACCUUAUGCUGAAGGACUCGAGAAGUUGAGCUUCCCUACCCCAGAGUUGGUGUCGCAAUACGCAGCCAAGCUUCUCCGAGUGUAAGAUGCAUGCGUAUAUGUGAUUACUGCGACAUGAGUGAGCGUACAGAUGGCGUCUAUGUGCUGGUCGGUUUCUUCCAGUGGAAAGCCUGCAGGUGGAGGAGCUAGUUAGUACGCGCUCAAUUUGUGAUGGCCCAGCUCGCGUGGAGACGAACAGAGGGUAUUGUAAUUAUAUACCACACGACGGCUUCUGGUUUGAUCAUAGCGAUUGGCGAGUUAUGAUGGAAAUGGUCCCUACCUUUUUGACCUUGUAUUCAU